AUGGUCAAGUUCAUCAAGCCCGGAAAGGUUGCUCUUAUCACCCGUGGUCGCUUCGCCGGUCGCAAGGUCGUCAUCCUCAAGCAGCACGACGAGGGAACCAAGGCCCACGCCUUCCCCCACGCCGUCGUCGCCGGUAUCGAGCGUUACCCCUCCAAGGUCACCCGCAACAUGUCCGCCAAGCGUGUCACCAAGCGUUCCAAGGUUAAGCCCUUCAUCAAGGUCGUCAACUACAACCACUUGAUGCCCACCCGUUACGCUUUGGAGUUGGACGCCUUGAAGAACGUCGUCUCCCUUGAGACCUUCAAGGAGCCCACCCAGCGUGAGGACGCCAAGAAGACCAUUAAGAAGGCUUUCGAGGAGAGGUACCAGACUGGCAAGAACAAGUGGUUCUUCACUCCCCUCCGCUUCUAA